GUAGCGCAACAAGUUUGCAGAGGACUAUUACAGUACGAGCCGUGAAAUCAGUCACAGCUCACCCUCAUUGAAUGAGCGCGCACCGGACCGUGGCGAAGACGCACGCACCGAAAUUACUGACGUCGCCUUAGAAUAUUCUUGAGACAAGUCGAAAUAGUCACUCGACCGAUCCUCCCGUCCAGUAUACGGUCGAGAGAGAGUCAUGAGGGUUUCUGAAGUAAAUAAGGAGCCUCGGAGCCCGGCUAAAAUUGAGAGGGACACCGGCUAUGGCAAACAGCGACACUGCUUUAGAGCGAUCGUGGAUGUGAUACCAUUUGUGUUUUCUCUUGUCUCCUUCGCGUUUUGCUUUUUAUUGAGUAUUCAGACCAGUGAAAUUAAGGAUAGAGUCGUGGAUUUGGAGAUUGGAAGUGGCGCGCGCACCUUCAGCCCGUUUGGGCUCUCCAUGGAUCAGUUUAAUUCAAUGGUACAGGAGAGAGUGGAUAAGCUGCUGUCACAGCGUUCUUAUGAACACUUGGCUAGAAUAAGGACUGCCCGUCAAGCCUCAUCUGACUGCAACUGUCCACCAGGUCCACCAGGAAAAAGGGGAAGAAGAGGACGCAAUGGAGACCCUGCUAUUACCAGCAGUUCCGUUUUUACUGGACCUCCAGUUAGAGGUGCACACUCCAUCCAGCCCGACAAAUCCUGUUCAAAUGGGCCCAACUAUUUUCUGGAAGACACGUGCAAGUAG